GCUCUUUCGCUCAGUCGUAGUCUGGUCUCCACGCGCGGAGGAACUGUGAAGUGAGCGAUGUAAAGUGAAGUGUUAUCAGUUACUGUGAAGUGUCAAUAGUCGAGAUGGAUGAACAGACCUUGAUUAUCCUCCUUAUCCAACUGACCGCUCUGACCGGCAUCGUGGGGUCGCUCCUGCUCUACCUGCUGUGUAAAGUCCGCACCAAAAGCCAUACUUACGAUGCCGAGUUUCCCUCCCUGAACGUAGGGACGGGAAGGUCCGUGUUGCUUACGAGCUGCGACACAGGGUUCGGCCUCCAGCUGGCCCUGCACCUGAGUGCCCUGGGGUUCCGGGUGUUCGCGGGGUUCAGGCCGACCGGGGAGGACGACGGGGAGUGCGGGGACAGCGAUGCCGUCAAGAUCCUCAGGGCGAAGUUGAAGGCCCGCGAGGCGGCGAUGGGUGUUGAGGGGGUGGCCAAAGUGACCUUUGGGAGUACCAUCACCCUCCCUCUGGAUGUAACGAGGGAGGACUCCCUACAUGAGGCGGUCAACGUGGUGCGGCGGCACCUACCAGCUGGAGAGGAUGGUUUGUGGGCCGUGAUCAACACAGCCGGGGUGUGCUACAAGGGAAGGCUAGACCAGCAAGACAGUUGCCACUGGGAUGCUAUGCUCAAAGUCAACGUCAUCGGCACACUGCGCACCGCUCGCGCCUUCCUCGCACUGCUCAGAAACAAGCAAGGGAGGCUGAUCAACAUAGGUGCUGGAGCUGACACUGGUGCUGUAGGUGGCCUGGUGGCGUACUCUGCAACUAGACAAGCUGUGGCGGGGGCAGCCGCCUCUCUACGAGCGGAGCUUGGUCCCCUAGGUGUCAGAGUCAUUACGCUCAACACAGACUCUACUAGUGACAGACUCUUCCUUCGGCUAAGAGUAAUGAACCAAGACGCAGAGGCUACUUCGCUGGAGAGGUACCUCAAGUGCAGUGUCCACGUAGUACCUGACAGUGCUCUAGAGGUGGUGGAGGAAGCGAUACUCUCUCCCACCCCCAAGCCAUGUUACACCCUCCCACUGUCACUACCUCACAACUACGUGACCAACUACCUGACAGCCAUCACAGACAGGUUCGCCAACCUACAGUGCAAGAAAAAGCCACAGGAAACUGUACCAUAGAUGUUACAAAAUGAAAUUGUAACAACUUAAAUGUGAUUGUUACUUUGAACAAUAGGAAAAUGCAAAAAAGAUUUUUGAUUUGUCUUCAAAAAAUCUUUUGACCACGAUUUAUAAAGGAGUUGGAUAUGAGUAUAGUCUCGUUCUAUUUGGGUAGAAUAUAUAAAUAAUUACAUACAUAAAAUUGCCAGUCAAAAAUAAACCAAAAUUGCAGGUCUUUAAAUUAAAGUAUUGUGUUUACAUUGAAAUUUGUUAAAGAUUAAUUUAUCCAAACAACAAUGCACAUAUAUUGUGAUAAAUAUCUUUGGUAAAGCUAUCAGUAAUGGGAGAAUCAUAAAGUUAAUUUGGUUUAAAAUGAAAGAGUUUUCCACUGCAAGAAGUAAAACAAUGUACACAUGUUGAACAAAACACGUAAAUGGAAUAUGUCUUUUGUUAUACUUAUGUUUCAAAGUAAUUUUCACUUUUUAGGAAUUGUUUUUGUUAUGGCGAUUAAAAAUAUUGAUUAGUAACAAAUGAAGGUUUGACGUUGAGAAAAGUUUUGAAAAGACUCACUAGUAAAGAUAUGAUUUACGAAACCAGAUUUAUAGCUUUCAGUAACAUAUAAAUAUUUCAAUAUUAGUUAUCAAAUGGCCAGUUAAUUUGAUUAUCAUUAGUUUUAGAGAAACUUUGAACAAAUAUCUCUUUCUUACAUUUGCUUUUAUGAUCUGGCAAGGUUUGUGAACUGUCUAGAGAUACAGAUGUAUCUGCGAUUCAAAUAUUUAUUUAAAUGGUGCUUAAUUAUAUAUGCGUUUUAUGUCCUUAUUUCACUAUGUUACCGUUUAUGUUAAUUUUAUAACUUUUAUUGCUAUUACAUUACAAUUACCAUACUUACAAAGGAAACAUGAUAAGUAUCAAUGCUAUUUUUGGUUGACAAACAUUUGAAUUGUAUAUUAUGUAUUGUGCCAAUUUCGGGUUGAAGUAUGAUAUCUAAAGAAGUCAUCACUAAUUCCUUGUAGAUAGAAAUACUAACACUGUCCUAAAGUGCAUAUUAGCACAUUCAAAAGUUAUGUUAUAACACAUUUUAAAAUGUCUUUCCUCAAAAUUCUUUAUAAUUACCUAGAGGUAUGAAUCCAAAAAUUAUUAUUGUUAUUUACUUAAAAAGAACAAAUCCUAAAAGAGUAUAGAAAACAGAAAAAUUUUGUAAAAUAAUGUGCUGUGUGUUUUUUGAAUCUGAAAAGUACUUAUUAUAAUUUUUGGAUUCAGGGUUAUUAUUUGAAGCUGUACAAAAAAAUAAAUGUUGAUAUUCUCAUUAGUCUUGUGUAGGUCUACAACAAUUUUACCCUUUUGCGUUUUAACGUUUAAUCAUGUACAAUGUAUAUAUUUGUCUUAUCUACAUUUAACUAACAUUAGCCAUGUAAGCCUUGUGUCAAAACUGUAUAGAACCUUUUUUUAUAUUAAGACAGAGUGAAUUGUACUUCAAAAUAUAAGUUUUCAUCAAUAUUACACAAAAGUAAGUUUUCAACUA